AUGCACUUUUCUCGUGUUCUCGUUUCUACUGCCACUCUGGCAUUGUGCCAUGGCGUCGAGGCUAAGAACACUUACGAAUACAUCGUCGUGGGCUCUGGUCCUGGAGGCGGCCCCCUUGCCGCCAACCUCGCCCGGCACGGCCACUCCGUUCUACUCAUCGAUGCCGGAGAAUUCCAGCUGGACAAUCCCAACUCCUACACGACAUGGAACAACACGCCGGCUAUUAACGAUCCUUUGACUCGUUGGGAUUUCUUCGUCAGUCGAGACCUGCCUGAGAUUGAAAAAAAGUUCGAAUUCACGACCUGGCGCCAGACCGACGGCGAGUUCUAUGUUGGUCUGGAUCCUCCGGCUGGCGCAGAGCGCCUGGGUGUCUACUAUCCCAGGGCGGGUGUAGUCGGGGGCUGUGCUAUGCACAACGCCGCUACUGUCUCCCUACCGGCCGACGUUGACUGGCAAGAUAUCGCUGAAAUUACUGGAGAUGACUCAUGGUCUGUGGAGAAUAUGCGGCAGUAUCUCGCACGAUUGGAGAGAUGCAAUUAUCUCACGAACGGCAGCACUCUAGAUCAUGGAUUCAAUGGAUACCUCGACACUUCUCAGGCGGACCCCUCGUGGGCUCUGAACGAGUCUGAUGCUACCACUCUGGCUCAGAUGGCCUCGGACGCACUGGAAAGACCUGAGAGCGACUUGAGUUUGUUCGAGCUUCUCAGCCGUGACGUAAAUUCGGCAGAUCCGAACAGGGAUAACACCCUCGGUCUCUUUACUCCUACCACUCAUUCCCGGAAUGGGGUGCGAUCCAGCCCAGCUAACUACCUUCGUGCAACUCUUGACGACCCCAGGGGCUACCCACUUACGGUGCAGGAGAACACGCUUGUCACCAAAGUCUUGUUCUCCAGUACCUCGUCAGGGGGCAAGGGGAAGGAGCCUAGGGCCAUUGGCGUGGAGUACCUGCGAGGCAAGAGCCUUUACUCUGCCGAUCCCCGACACGACAGGAACUUCACGGGCACUCCCGGAAAGGCCUUCGCCACCAAGGAGGUCAUCCUCGCUGGAGGCGUGUUCAACACACCUCAGAUCUUGAAGCUGAGUGGAGUUGGCCCGGUCGAUGAGCUGAGGAAGCUCAAGAUCCCCGUUGUCAAGAAUCUCCCCGGCGUCGGUACCGGACUGAGCGACAACUACGAAGCCGUCCUCUAUGGUACCUUUGAGCAGCCUGUCGUCGCGUUCUGGGACAUGUUUGCGAAAACGUCGGUUGCUCUGCGCACUCGAGAUAUCCACUUUUACUGCGGCAGCUUCAACUUCAUCGGAAUUUUCCCCGGCAUGCCUGGCUGGAACAAAAACGAGUUCGAGUGCGGCUUUAUGCAGCUUCACCCGCGCAACAUCAACGGCACUGUCAAGCUGCGGUCCAAAGACCCUCGCGAUAUGCCCGAUAUCAAUCUUGGAUUCUUCAGAGCUGGUGACGAUAAAGACCUGGACUCCAUGGUAGAGGCCAUUAACUUUGUUCGGCCUAUAUUUAAUAACUUGACGGAC